CCCAUAAUGGAGAAGAUGGUGAUGAAGAUGUUGGUGAUAUUUGUCCUUGGAAUGAACCACUGGACCUGUACAGGUUUCCCGGUGUAUGACUAUGACCCGGCUUCCCUGAAGGAGGCUCUCAGUGCCUCUGUGGCAAAAGUGAAUUCCCAGUCACUGAGCCCCUAUCUGUUUCGAGCGUUCAGAAGCUCAAUUAAAAGAGUCAACGCCCUGGACGAGGACAGCUUGACCAUGGACUUGGAGUUCAGGAUUCAAGAGACGACGUGCAGGAGGGAAUCUGAGGCAGACCUUGCCACCUGUGACUUCCAGAGGGGCUACCACGUGCCUGUGGCCAUUUGCAGAAGCACCGUGCGGAUGUCUUCUGAACGCGUGCAGGACGUGUGGGUUCGCUGCCACUGGUCCUCCAGCUCUGGGUCCAGCAGCAGUGAAGAGAUGUUUUUUGGGGAUAUCUUGGGAUCCUCUACAUCAAGAAACAGUCACCUGCUUGGCCUCACUCCUGACAGAUCCAGAGGUGAACCGCUUUAUGAACGAUCACGUGAGAUGAGAAGAAACUUUCCUCUUGGAAAUAGAAGGUAUUCAAACCCGUGGCCCAGAGCAAGAGUAAACCCUGGCUUUGAGUGA